AUGUUUAAUAAUAUUAAAAGAAACUUGACUAUCUUUAAUAAAGACAUCGUUGAGACUUCUUGGUUAAAAAGCUUGAUUGAUGAUAUUCCUAAACCAAAACAUGUUCAAGUAGUGUUUUUUAAAUAUAAACAAUUAGAUACUGCAUAAAUGUCUAUCAGGAGAAUACACUAAUGUUGAUCCAAAAGUAGCAGUUCGAAAGAUUACAUAAAGAUUGCAACAUUCUUAAAAACCUUUAAAUGCUCUCAAAUCUCUUUACUUAGUCCAUUUAUUGAAUAAGUUUUUGAUAACUUAAUUGACAGAUAAAAUUAUUGACCAAUAAUCUAAAGAUCCUGCAGAUGUCUUAUUAGCAUCUGUUGCUUCUUUAUAUUAUUCUUAUCUUAAAUCAUAAAAAAAUGCUUUUGAUAAGAUAGACAGCAUUUUUAAAAUGAAUAGAUAACUUGAGAUUUUAAUGCUUAAAACAAAUAUUCCAAUAUUAAAGGAAAUUAUCACUCUCUUAAUUAUUGAUAUUAUAGGAAUAUAUGAAUCUAUUGAUGUGAAAGAUGAUUAUGAAAAAAGGAUUAGAGCAAUGAAAUAAGUUAGAAGAUUUACCGAUUUAAAAGGAUAUUUAUAAAUGAAUUAAGAAUUAUAAAAUAAACUGAACACUCUAAAUUUUUCAGAAAUAAAGGAACAACAAAUAUGUAUCGAGAGUAAGAUAUGUAAAACAAUUCCAAUCUCUUAAGAAAUUGAAACCCAUCAUAUUGAAUUAAAUAAAAAGCAACUCUCAAUUUAAGUCAAUGAUAACACAUAUUAUGAAAACUUUCAUUCAUGUAAAGUGUAUCCAUAGGAAAGAAAGAUGAGUCUUCAAACUGGAACAAUAACAAAUUAAAAAGGAAUUGUUUAAUCUAAUACUAGUAGAGCUUCAUCUAUUAAAAAUAACUUCUUUGUCCCCAGAUAAGGACCAUUAUCUUUUUUGAUUCCAAGCUGA